UCCUAAGAACUACUUUUGUAAACUACUUAAAAUAAGUCACGAUGCUCGACGAACUGGUAAAACCUUAUUGCCUGACUGCGUUGCAAAGAGAAGGAUCUGGUAGGGUUUUCUUUCGCCGGAGUUUCUCGCCGGAGAUGGAGAUAAUGGAGGCAUCUUCACAUCCUUCUCCUGCUCCCGCUCCUAUUAGUCCACAACGCCAUUUCUAUCUCGCCGUCGACAGAAUCCAAUUUAAGAUGGAGACAUUGGUAGAUCUGUUAGAAAUGGCGGGGCGUCGUCCAUGGCUGCCAAUGGUGGUUUGUUGCAGCACACGUGAUGAGCUUGAUGCUGUUUGUUCUUCCAUCUCCAACAUCUCCUACAUCUCUGUUACACCUCUGUAUAGUGAUCUUACUGAAGCUGAACGUGCAUUGAUUCUAGAUAAAUUUCGUUAUGCAACAACAAAAUGGAACCAAAAUUCAGCAUCCAUUCAAUCUGGAGAUGAAAAGGAAGAACAGAAAUCUCAUAUGAUAGUUGCAACUGAUGCUUGUCUUCCUCUUCUUGCUUCAGGAGAAUCAUCUAUUAGUUCUAGUGUUCUUAUAAACUAUGAACUCCCAACAAAAAAGGAGACAUAUAUGAGGCGAAUGACAACUUGUUUGGCUACAGAUGGGAUUGUGAUUAACAUGGUUGUUGGGGGAGAAGUGGUGACACUUAAAACCAUUGAGGAAAGCAGCAAUCUUGUGAUUGCAGAAAUGCCCAUAAAUAUUUUUGAAAUGUUCUAAAGACAUUUUUUGGGGGUUUCUUUCAAGUAAAUGAGUACUCAGGUAUUCCAGUUAUCAGAUAUCGGUCCCUUUAUAAUAAAAAUAAUGUUAAGGUUCGUUACCAUUUCUUGGGUAUAAUGUAUGUGAGUUGAUUAUUUGUCUUUUAACUCCUACACUAAUUGAGCUCACGAUGAAUAAUGAGUUGGAAAUACAUGUGUUAACUAUUAAAGCAACACACUUUUAAAGAAACACAAA